CCUGUUUGAAUCAAAAAUACCACGCGAGCGUGGACUCUCGCGCACACAAACACACACUUGUGCACGUGCAUGCGCAGACAUUUGACGAAAAUUAUUUACAUUACGCAAUGAUGAAUUUUGUUGGUUGAUGCUGCCAGGUGAUGGUCACCCGCUGAUACCUGGGAGUGUUUCAAGAUACAAAUUAACGGUAGAUUUGGGGCAUUGUUGUACUAAAUGCGUUCUCUUCGUCAGCUAUCGUAUAAUUAUGUAUUACACAAAUUGGCUUGUUGGUGUGAAAAAUAGAGCAUGCAUUCGCAAAGCAAACAAAACGCAUAGUAUCGACUGGAAAAGCUUCAUGGACAUAUAUAACAAUACAACGUUGUACAAUCGAAAUAGAUCUGAGCUCAUUUUAAGCAAGCUUCUUUGGAAAAAAGAUUACAAGAUAAUCAAGAAAAUUGGAGAGGGGACAUUUUCAGAAGUGGUGAAGGCUCAAAGCCUGAAAGAUGGGAAAUAUUAUGCUUGUAAAACGAUGAAGCAGUCACUCAGCAGCCUGGAACAGGCCAACAACCUGCGAGAAGUCCAGGCCAUGAAGAAACUGAACCCUCACCCCAACAUCAUUCAGCUGCAUGAAUUGAUAUUUGACAAAGAAUCAGGGACCCUGUCCUUGGUAUGUGAGCUGAUGGAGAUGAACAUCUAUGAGUACAUAAGAGGGAGGCAACAACCUUUGCCAGAAAGUAAAAUCAGACACUACAUGUAUCAACUUUGCAAGUCACUUGAUCACAUGCAUAGCAAUGGGAUCUUCCACCGUGAUGUUAAGCCAGAGAACAUUCUAAUCAAACAUGAUGUGCUCAAACUAGGAGACUUUGGCUCGUGCAGGAGUUUGCACUCCAAGCCCCCCUACACAGAGUACAUCUCCACCCGCUGGUACAGAGCCCCAGAGUGCCUCCUCACAGACGGCUAUUACUCACACAAGAUGGACAUGUGGAGUGUAGGAUGUGUUUUCUACGAGAUCAUCAGUCUCAGCCCUCUGUUUCCGGGUACCAACGAGUUGGAUCAGGUGACCAAGAUCCAUGAUGUUUUGGGUACACCUGACAGCAGUCUUCUUCAAAAAUUCAGGCAGUCUAGGGCGAUGCGUUUUGACUUCCCUCCACGGAAGGGCAGUGGGAUCUCUCGGCUCAUCCCAAACUGUUCUGCGCCCAGUCUGUCAUUGCUCUACCAGAUGCUGGCCUACGACCCAGAGGAGCGCAUUGGCUCACGAGCGGCGCUACAGCACGCCUAUUUUAGAGAGCUACGGCUGGCAGAGAGGAGAGCUGAUAGUCUGCACAGGGCCAUUGGGACUGUAGAGGGAGGACAGAGCAGUGGGACCCCCAACUCUGUGGAUCACGUGUGGCGCAUGGCCAGACAGGGCAGGAGGCAGCACAACAUAAAGCAUGUUGCCGAGCCUCGGAUCAGACGCAACGCCCAACAUUAUCCAGUGGAAUUACCAAAGCUCAAUGUGGUAGUGCCUGCACCCCAGAUCACCUACCCUGUUUCCACAGUGCCAGCUCUUACCAUCACUCACCGUGGGUCCCCCCUUCCAGUCAUCACGUCAAAAAAGUGCCACUUGCGGUUGGCUAAGUCAUUGGCAGCAGAGAACUGGAAGGAAAGGCAGCCAAACGAGGUGUUGGCUUUGGGGAUGACCAGUGAAAUAUACCUGCUGGAGCGUGUGCUACGGGUGGGUGUUGCUAUGGUGACCAGUGAGCUGAGAUAAGGCGGAGCUAAAGGAAGACCACCCUAAUGUCAGAACAUCUGAGGCUCCAAGGGAUGAGUCCUACCGCUCUGCUUUCAAGACCUACUACAUGCCUCCUUUGGACAGGAAACGUGGUGGCUACUGAGAGCCCCAAUUCUUAAGAACCGUUGCUGUUUAACAGAACAUACCUGUAGCUACUGUACAUACUCUAAUCUGCUUUGUUUGAAAUGUUAAGACAAUAUUGUUUGAACAAAGCUAUUCAGCUUCUGUAAAGCCUGCCACUUUCUGGUGAGAAAUGCAAACAGGGCAUUUGACAAAGGAAUAUCACAUAGCAAUAAUUACCAGGGUUAAUUUUGUACAAGUCAUAAUUCCUGCAGAUUAAAUACAACAUGAUCCCCAAAG